AUGAAGAGCUUAGAACAAUUCAAUUGAAACAGAUUUUAUCGCGUUCUUUUUCGAAGUCCAAUAUCACUACGAUAAGUCAAACACAAUGGUCAACGGAAGCUGUCUUUGCGGUGAUGUCAAGUUCGAGUACCAAGGCGAGCCAGCAAUGAAGGCUGCCUGCCACUGCCUUCCUUGUCGCAAGACCUCUGGCACCACAAACUCUUACAACUUGAUGAUUCCAUCCGACAAGUACAAGAUCCUCUCGGGUUCAUUGAAGUCAUUCACGAGGAAGGGUGAUAGCGGCAAGAACGUCACAUACAACUCGUGCCAAAACUGCCCCACCGUCCUCUACGUACAAGCAGAGGCUCUUGAAGGCCUGAACAUCGUCAAGGCUGGAACUGUGGAUGAUGAGGAUGUCUUUAACAACCUCGGAAAACCCAAGGCCGAAAUCUACACCAAGAACCGUCCGUCGUGGUGCGAUGCUAUUCCUGGCGCCGAGCAGAAGGAGACUUCUUAGGUGAUGACUUGGAGGAGCUUACGUUGGACAGAGCGAAGCGUUGUGCUUCACCUGAUUUUGGACAUCUUGGAAUGGAACAAUUUUGGAGCUAAGUAGAGUAUUGACCGAAUCAGACCAAAUUCCCAGUGUAUGAGGAGAACAGUGUAUCCCACGUCUUGGACGGAUUUCAACCAUCCUGGGGGCGGAUUGAAUGGAGCUUCUUUGGAUCGAAUAACUUCGAAGUCUUCGCAUGUAUGAGACCACAGCGCGUGUG